AUGAAGUUGAUCGAAGAAAACGAGGAGGAUGAAGAACUGGAUGAAGAGGAGAAGCAUCAUUUCAAAACUGGGGAAAACCCUUUGAGUCGCUCUAAAACCAAACAGAAAGAUUUAAAGAAGAGAAGAGACAAGAAAUCUUUCAUCUGCACUCAGUGUGGAAAGAGUUCGACAAACAAACAGAGUCUCAAGAGACACAUGAGAGUUCAUACUGGAGAGAAACCUUUCAUGUGUUCACACUGCGACAAGAGAUUCAGCCGAUUAGAUACUCUGAAAACACAUGAGAGGAUUCACACUGGAGAGAAACCUUACACAUGUGAUCAGUGUGGAAAGAGUUUGACAAGCAAAUAUAGUCUUGAGAUUACCAUGAACAUCCACACUGGAGAGAAACAGUUCCCUUGUGAUCAGUGCGAGAAAAGUUUCACAAAAUCAUCAAUCCUAAAGGAUCACAUGAACACACACACUGGAGAGAAACCUUAUGAAUGUGAUCAGUGCGGAAAAACAUUUUUGUGGGCCUCAUCACUAAAGAGUCACCUGAAAGUUCAUUCAAAGGAGAAACCACAUUCAUGUUCUUUAUGUGGAAAGAGUUUUUCACAUCGGCAGAAUUUAAAAUUUCAUCAGAAGAUACACACUGUUGUGAGAGAAUAUAUGUGCUUUGAGUGUGAGAAGACUUUCAUUACAGCUGAACAUUUGAAACAGCAUGAGAGGAUCCACACUGGAGAGAAACCUUACAAGUGUUCACACUGUGACAAGAGAUUCAGUCAGUCAGCACAUCUGAAAUCACAUGAGAGGAUCCACACUGGAGAGAAACCGUAUCACUGCACUGUACGUGGGAAGAGUUUCCGUAAUUCAUCUAAUCUACUCGUGCAUAGCAAAAACAUUCACAGUCAGUAGAUCAUCUUCAGAUCCAGCACUUACAGGUCUGAUUACUCAUCCUCACCAAACAUAACACAAUAAAGCGUCAAGCAAUCAAAUCUUUUCUGUAUAAAUCUGUCCUAACAAAGAAACAUCAUCUUAAGUCCACAUGAACAAAGUUCAUCUUCAAGACGAGCAGUUUCAACUGUAACAUGUUUGUGGGCUUCACACCUGAAGAAUAACCUGAAAGUUCAUAUGACGGAAAAGACACAUUCAUGUCCUUUGUGUGGAAGGAGUUUUUCACAACUGCAGAGUUUAAUAGUAAAUGUAUUAUUUAUUUUUUUUAUGUGUAAGAUAUUCUCAUUCUGGAAGUAAGUAGUUAGAUUUUCGAACUGACAUUCAUUUUCUGAUCCCAUUUUUAUUGUUUUUAAAUUCAUUCUUAUUCUUC